AUGAGUGUCCCAUCGUCCGAUUUCAAUUUCACCUUCUCUUCGGGUCCCUCGCCCGAAAGAAUCUUCACCCCUUCACCUUCCCAAAGCAGCAGCCUCUUCGGGUCCAGAUCCGAUGCACGAACGCCCUCAUCUGUUCCAUCUAGAUCAUCCUCACCAGCCUCUUCUAACAUUUAUAGUCAAACCCAACCUGGUAGCAUCUUUGGUGAACCACCUCCUAGCAGCACGAGAAUUUUCACCACCCCGCAUCUCCCGAGCAACAAUAUCUCCGGAUCCAGCCCCAACGUCCGAAUGUCCGUAUCUGUCUCAGCUAGAUCGCCACCACCAGGCUUCUCUGAGAAUACUACUAGUCAAGCUGCUUCUGGUAGUAUCUUCGACGGCCCGCAUACUACCGGUGGGAGGAUCUUCGCCCCUUUACCUUCCCAAAGCAGCAGACUCUUUGGGUCCAGCGCCAAUGCCCGAACGUCCUCUCCCGACUCAGGGAGAUCGUCAUCAUCCGGUCCUUCUGAAAAUGCCGGUCAAAAUCCAGUCACUAGCGUCUUCGAUGGACCACAAACGAGCGGAACGAGAAUCUUCAGCCCUUUGCCGCUCCUGAACAACGUGGUCUUCGGGUCCAGACCCGAAGUGAGAACGUACACAACUGUCCCAGCCAGUUCAUCCACACUGGGUUCCUCUGACAAUACUCGUCAAACAUCAUCCGGUAGUAUCUUCGGUGGAUCAUCCAGUGCCGGCACGAGAUUCUUCACUCCUCCGCCUGCCCCAAGUGGCAGCAUCUUCGGUUCCAGCUUCACUGCCCGAACGUCAUCACCACGUUCUCCUGACCAUCAUAAUCAAACUGCAUCAGCUAGCGUCUUCGGUAGACCACAAACGAGCGGAACGAGAUAUUUCACGCCUCCACCUCCGCUGAGCAGCAGUCCCAAUGUCGGAACGUCCACAACUGUCCCAGCUAGAUCAUCCACAUCGAGUUCCUCUGACAAUACUAGUCAGACUGCAUCUGGUAGUAUAUUUGGUGGGACAGCCAGUACCGACACGAGAUUUUUCACGCCUCCAUCUCCGCUGAGCAGCAGUCCCAAUGUCGGACCGUCCACAACUGUCCCAGCUAGAUCAUCCACAUCAGGUUCCUCUGACAAUACUAGUCAGACUGCAUCUGGUAGUAUAUUUGGGGGGCCAGCCAGUACCGACACGAGAAUUUUCACGCCUCCGCCUCCGCCGAGCAGAAGCGCCGAUGUCGAAACUUCCUCUUUAGACCGGGCCAGAUCGUCAUCACCAGGCCCUUCUCAUCAUGACUAUCAAACUCGACCCAUUUGCCUCUUUAGUGGUCCACCUAAUAGCGACAUUACCUCCUCGGGCUCUGGUUUCCCCGCAGGUGCAGGCCCCUCCACGGAGCCCAGUAUGGCUCCUAGAACUCCGAAUCCGCGACUCAGCGUUCUGCCAAGUCGUAGCAUGUCACGAGAUGCGCCAGCUUUGCCCGUUCAUACUGCUAUACGCGCAGGACCAUAUAGCUUCAGGCCACGAGAAGGAGGCUUUGGUGCGGAAAUAGGUAGUGUGAACAGACAUCCUGCAAGCCGAGCAACAGAUCAGUCCGGAGAUACGGACUUUUCGAUCAUAUCACCUGUGGACGAAGAUAUGCAUAGUUCGAAUAGUAUUGAAGAUGAUCUCUUCUCUCCGGAUCCCAUCGACGAUCAGAGUUUCCAAAGGAAUUUCAAUGCCGUCAAAGUACAGAUCCAGGAGCUUUCGCGCGUGAUUUCUGAGUGUCCACUGUCCCAAGACCCAGGGACAAGGUUACAUCAAAUUCACCUUGAAGCCAAACAGCUCAGUGAGUACAAGGAUCAGGAACCACGCAUCGUUGGAUUCAUAGGUGAAACCGGAGCCGGCAAAAGCUCUGUUAUCAACUCUAUACUCAAUCAGAGAGGUCUCGCACGCUCGAGUGGUGCAGGAGGUGCAUGUACUUCCGUCCCUAUGGAGUAUCGAUAUGUGGAUGAAAAGCAUCCCCGCCCCUACACCAUAGAAGCUGAGUUCAUGGAUGAAAACGAAGUCAAUGGUCUCCUAGAAGAGCUUCUGCGAAGCAUUCGACGAGCUUCAAUUCCGACCGACCGGAGUCUAGUCGCGGAGGAGGACUGGGCAGAGUACGAAGCGAUAGGCAAAAGGUCGCAUGAAACCCUCGAGGCAAUUUUCAGCGAUCGGUCAGAUUUGACAAUUGAGUUUCUCUCGCGCCCCGGAGCGGAAACGGAAAUUGAGAUUCUUCAAGAGUUGAAAGCUCUGGCCUUGCAUCGAUUGACAUUCCGGCCCGGAGGAUCGAGCUCACUACAAUAUACUGCCGUCGCAGAUGACUUGGAGAGCUGUAAAGAUAAACUUGACAGUUUGACAGAUAGUCCCGAGGAGAGCAAUACGCCUGCUCUGUGGCCUUUUAUCAAGUUGAUCAGAGUAUUCCUCGUGCUGCCUGUGCUGAAGACCGGUCUGGUGCUGGCGGACCUACCAGGAUUGCGCGAUAUGAAUCAUGCGAGGGAAAUCUCGCCGGAAGAGUCUGCUCGCGGCACUGAUCCUCAUGCUAGACGCAUGAAGGAUAUGAACGCAGAAAUCAAGAAGCUGGAGAGCAAGUUCAGGCGUAUCGGGCGCCAAAUGCAGGAAGCACAGGGCCAGAGGAUAGCAGAUCUUGCUAUUCUAGACUCUUUGGAAGACAAGAUACAAAAGCUUCACUACGAGCGACGAGCGCUCCUUAUGAACCAACGAAAUGACUCAACAAAGAGAGACCUUGCAAGGGCAAUCUGCAACAAUCAAAAUCAUAAGGUCAAGGAUAUCAAAGUAUUCUGCAUUGGCAAUGAGCUUUAUGGAAAUCCUCCACACAGGUUGGCAGAGGACUACCGAAAUCUCAGUGGAGUUCGAGAGCUUCGUUCAUAUUGCCGAUCUGUCCCAGCGGAGGGUAGGAUGGAUUCCGCUUUGGUCUUCAUCGAGAAACAAGUACCUGCUCUGCUAGAUUCCAUUCAUCAGUGGAUUCUGACAGGUCGUGAUUCCGUGACCCCCGCAAGAGCCCGUGAGCUCCGAAGCGCAUUGGAACAGGUAGAACAAAGACUACGCCAGAGCUUUACCUCGGGGUGGGGGCAUCUCGCUCUCACGCAGAGUGAAUUGCACUCUCAAUUUGAUACCCAAGUCAUGCAUCAGCUUCGUCCUUCGUUUCAGAGAGAAAUGAAGGAAAAGUUUGUUGCAGUGAGCCAGGGAUGGGGAACCGUUGUGGCUUGUUUUGCUAACGUGCAAUACUCUCCAGAUCAUUCUCCGGUUGCCCCUCAGGCAAUUGAAAAUCUGUUCUCCCUUUUGAGCCACAGAAAGGGAUACAUCAUCCAUAUUUUCAAAAAUGCCCUCGCGCAAGUAAUUCAAGAGACAGAAUCUACAAAAGACCACACCCUCAAUGGCCAUAACAACAGUUCGUUGAUUGCUGACCUCAUGCUUGAGGCGUACAAUAAUUGCAGCCGAGAAGAAGGAAAUGGAAGUUAUCUGAGACGCAAGAAUAUCAUGCGCGAUCAUUUGACAAAUACGCAACUGUACAGAAAGUACACGGAUUCAGUGCAGUCGUCGUAUCUUUCAGCUUUGGACGGGCCUUUUGCUGCUCUCGGGGACCAACUGCACGAGCAAAUUGAAAUGAUUGCGCGAGAUCUGCGCGGUGUAGUGGUUCCUGCAGGCGAGAUUUCAGAGCCAGAGAAAGCACCGGAACUAGUGCGCGAGCUUGAGGCAAGAAUUGGAACACUGAAACAGAAUCUGCGAUAUACAUUGGCAGCUGCUAGGCGGUAG